AUGGCCAACGUCGAGAUGUCCUUAGAUGAAAUCAUUGCUCUUCAGAAGAAGCAAAGAGGUCCAGGAAGAACUGCCGGUGGUCGUAGAGGAGGUAGACAGAACACUCAGAAUAACAAUAAUACUAGAAAGCCACAAAGAAAGUUUGUUGAUCACGAUGCAGCUCGAGGACCCCAUGUCACAGGUGGCAACCCGAACAAAUCAGUUCGUGUCAACAUCACUAACUUGGCACCUUCAGUUUCGUCCAGUGAUUUAGAGGACUUAUUUGGCAAUUAUAACAUUGAAGCGGCCCUUGUUCAUCACAAUGAGUUUGGACAAUCUCUCGGAACUGGGGAUAUUUAUUUGGCCAAAAGAGACGCUCUAAGAGUUAUCAAAGAUUUUGCUGGUGUCGCUCUAGAUGAACAAAUUAUGAGAAUGUUCUUAGUAGACGGCACUCAGGAUUUAGGAAGUAGAUUAGAUUUUCCCCAAAGAUCUCGUGGAGUUCAAAGAAAGGAAGCCCCAAACAGAAAUGGAGGAAACCGCAGAAGAGGAGGCAACAACGCGCCCAGAGGCGGUAACGUUGGAGGAAGAAAAAAGGGUGAGAACAAGCCGAAGAAGUCUGAAGCUGAACUUGAUGCCGAACUUGAUGCUUAUAUGAAUACUUCUAAAGCCUAA